CUUAGGCGGAGAACGAAGAAAUUCGUAGUCGCGUGCAAAUUUUCUGUCCAACUUAUUCGAAGCUACAUGGAUUACUGAUGGAUGCAGCUCAUUCGCCAAUCUCCCGGCGAAGGAGUCCGCCUCAUGUCGUCUUUUUGGUUGACACACAAUUGACUGAAAAUAGCAACCUUUCAUACGAACAGCAAGCAAUCGACAUCCGGUUCGGCAUUCUCCGCGUUCUAUUGUACUUUUAUACUUGCAUUGACCGUAGAAUGACUUGGGGAUACCAGUUUUUCGAUUCCGAAAACAGUAGCAGUACAUUGAGGUUACAGAAUCACUUUCAAGAGUUGAGUAUAUCUGCACUGGAUGCAUUCUUCAAUGCCUUUACUUCCGAGCUUGAAAUAUCAGUUUCCAAACAACGGGACAAGCUUUCCAGCACACCUGAUGACGAGUCACCCUUUGCGAGACUAAAGCAAGCCUUAGCUCAAGCACUUUCCGAUUUUCAAUGGAAAGAUAUUGAUAUUGCAUACCUUGCAUCUCCUGGCCGACUGAGAAGAACACCACGAUCGAUGCGGCAAAUGAGGAACGGUCCAUUAGAGACAAGAAAUCACAUUUAUGUCAUAUCUUCCAUACCACAAACGUAUUCUGAUCUUAUGUGGUAUUUCCAUGGGCGUAGUGAGACAGCUGUUCAAACCCAUUUGACAAGAGAGGGUGACAAAAUGAAGAUCGUCAAACUAAUGGAUAACGCUGCUAUGGAAAUGAGGAAGACGCUAUGGGAUGGGUUUAUCGAUCAUAGGAUUGCGCUCAAUUGGAUGGACUUGCGGUCGAAUCAGAUAGAAGAUCUCUCAGGUGAAGGCGAGGACAUUCAACUUUUCAUUGGUACCUCAUUCCAAGCAAUUGCCAAAAUUUUUGGAGGCUAUUUGAUACCGUUCUCAUUGCUUCAGCAAGAUAGAGCUGAAAGAUAUGGGUACUCCAUUCAAAGCAUACUGUGCCAUUAUACUUCAAAAACUAUAGACACGUCCAGCCAAUUCGCACGCAAUAGAAAAGGAACAGGAAACAUAACGAAACCUAGUCUGUACGAUAUAACGCAGGGUAUACAAGCGGUACGAAAUGUAGCAUGGACAGGAGAUCUCAUUCUUAACGAGGAACUAUUGACGCAAGGUGUAUCGAAAAUUAAUUUGCUUGUACAUAAUUUACUACGACCACAGCUGUCGAAUGCGUUAAUCGAGAUGGCUGGUUCAGAAAAAGACAGUGUAGUGUCAAUGGAAAAGCGUCUACAAAAUAUUACGUCUAUGAAAGGGUUUUUAUUGCUGCCGGCAGCAUAUAUACCAGUCAAAUGGCAACUGAGCGAUAGCGACAAAACAGCAAUACCUACCGGGAUCAACGAGCAUUUUCUUUGUACAUUUAAUCACAACGGAGACAGGCGUGCGCUCAGUGAAUUUGAAACACUGAUUUCGACAAUGAAUCAAAGCAACCAAGUUCUCAUAGUUCGCCUAGAGUUUCAAGAUAUCAAGAUGGAAGGCUUUGAAUAUGCAGUGAUUCAACCCUUGGCUCACCUAUGUGCAACAAUUGGAUUUCUCAAGUGCCAAACGGAAGAACUACUGGCAUUAACCAGAUUUGAUCAAGCUAUAGAAACAGAAACUGGCGAUGAUGGGCAUGGAACAACGAUGUUUGAUCCUUGGGUAUCGACUGGGCUCGAAUUCUUUGGGGACGAAGUGGAUGAGUCCUUGGUCCUCUUUUCCAUAGACACUCACAUGCCAGCAGAGUUGAAAAGCGCUAUUGCAAUUGAGGCAGCCUCCCAAAGCGCUAUGGACGCGACACUGACUAUUGAUUCAUUAUCACUUGCCACUAAUGAAAACGAGAUGGAUGGAAUGGACCUUCCCGAAAUUCUGGAUAGGGUGAUUGAAAUCAAUGAUAAACCAGCCAGUUUAGAGGAAUUUCAGUCGUAUUGGAUUGAGAUGUAUUUGCCAUUUCUAUAUCAAACGUCUAUCGAGCCAGAUAUCAUCGCCGGACGACUUCAGACCUGGGUCAACUAUUUGGAGCAUUCAGUAAAAAUUACGCCUACGGAUAUUUUAAAUGCCCUCAAACUUCUUCCAAUGAGCUUUCAUAGCUUUGAUGCCAAACAUAAGGAAAUUUCGAAUGCUAGCGGAAUCAUCACGGAUGAGCUUGCCCCACAUUUGGUGGAUGACGAAGUGGAUUUCUUGCAAAAUUGGAAGCAAACCCGGCAACUUGAUUCCAAAAGCCUUAGAAUUUUGAAAAUCAAAGAUGCUCAGCUGCAAAUUGUGGUCAUGCUCAAAAUCAUGGAGCUAGAGAAGAGAUUUAUGACUUUAAACAAGAUCGAGUUGCCCAAGCCUCAGAAAAGAAAAACCAAGAAGAAGAAGGCGCAAGGGAAGGAAGACCUCGACCAGCAGCUUGAAUUGUACUUUGAAAGGUUAUGUAUUUGGGACUCUAUGAUGGACACCAGCCAAUCAGCCAACGAUGCAACAACACCAAAGCUACUACAAAAAGGUACCGAUGAUAUCAUUCUCCAUUUGCGCUCUCUAUGCAAAUGUCUCAGCGAUAUCUAUCGACCAAUACUUCCCGACACUAUCGAUAAGCUUUGGUCAAGAUGUGGAGGAGAGGAGGAACUUCUGACAUUCGAAACAGGGCGUAUGGCUUCGUCUGGCUCAGCGACGAAAGCGGCACUAUCUGCGGAAAAGAUUACUAAAUCAAACAAGAAGCUGCCAAUGGAUGUUGAUGCUCGUGUUAAGCUUCUUGAAUCCAGAAUUCGAGGUCCAAGCACUGAAACUGCGGUUACGGACGCUGCGUGGGCUACAAAGAGUGAUAGCAAAAGUGUACCAAAACAAAUGCCAACAUCAUCCAAUAUUAAUCUCUUGUCGGGCAGCCGGAAAGCACCAUCAUCAACCAUCAAUUUGCCCUUCAUGAAAAGAGAGAUUGAAAUGACGAAGAGUCUAAGUUCCUCUUCAAAGACCAAGUCCAAGCCAAGUAACAUGUCCUCUACUCAAUCCAAGGCAAGCGGUUCGCGACGAAAGAUAACUACCCCAAAGAAGAUACCAAUGGCGAUAAUGGAUGGCAGGAAUACAGAAACUGUGGUUUUGCGCAAACGCACAGCAUUAUCACCCACAACGCCAAGAACAAGAGCAGAGCGAGAUUUUGGUUUACGAUUAGCUAGGACGCCAACUAAGAGCCCGUCCUUUGUGCCGAUGACUGCUAAACGAUCUACAGAUGGCAUAGAUGGGCCUGUAAUAUCAUCUCCACGGAAGCUCAUGCGUACACUUACUGGAAGUAGAUCACCAACUGCUCAGCGACACCGAACAUCUCUACCGAUAUCUCGCAUUCGCCUGAGUCCUAGUUCACCAUCGCACAAUAGGAUCAAGCAAACAAAGCCGGCUGAUCUUACUGAAAUUGCACCGAAGAGAGACCUGUUCACAUCCUUUUUGCAAGCCUCCGCGCAUUCAAAUGACAAAGAUGAAGCUUAGUAGAACAUUGAAUACACCGCAAGUACAUCAGGUUUCCACUUUCACAGAUUGCUGCACUCUUGCAUUGAUGUACAUAUUCACAACAUACACUUGAUUUUGCAUGUAAAGUAAUUGUUUAAAUAUAUUUUUGUAUGCCAUUGCUACCCGAUUGAUAAUAAAGGUAUACGAAAUGCCAUACAACUGAUGUGACCUACAACUUGGAUUUCAACUUGAGUUUUGCGCCGAAACGUUGGAUAUCGUCAACCAACAGCCCAGAUUGCUCCAUCGCAGCAAAAUGCCCUCCC